AGCCUCUGUCACCUAAUGAGUGUUGCUGGAGUUAUACCCAUCCAAGCAAGCGGGGAGUAUUCUACCACACUCCUGACUUGUCUUGCAGAUGGUAGAGAGGCUUUGGGGAGUCAGGAGCAAAAUGGCAAGCCCAAGACAGAACACUAUAAGAAGACUUUUUCGGAAUCUUUUGAGCAACCUCCAAUGUAUGUUCCUGUCCUCACUUACAUGGGCUAUGGAAUUGUAACCUUGUUUGGCUAUUUAAGAGACCUUCUGCGCUCCUGUGGUCUUGAGAAAUGUCAUGCAGCUCAGGAGAGGAAAGAACAAAAGGAUUUUGUGCCACUUUACCAAGACUUUGAACAUUUCUACAAACGAAAUCUGUACAUGAGGGUUCGUGACAACUGGAACCGCCCAAUCUGCAGUGUGCCCGGACCUACUUUCGACUUAGUGGAGCGGGUCUCUGAUGACUACAAUUGGACUUUCAGGUACACAGGACGAAUAAUUAAGGAUGUGAUUAACAUGGGCUCCUACAACUACCUCGGUUUUGCUGAAAACAAAGGAGAGUCCUUGAGCUCUGUGGCAGAAGUGACAAUGACGUAUGGUGCAGGAGUGUGCAGCACAAGACAGGAAAUGGGCAACCUUGACAAACACAUUCAGCUUGAGCGUUUAGUCGCCCAGUUUUUGGGUGUAGAGGCAGCAAUGACGUUCGGGAUGGGCUUUGCAACCAAUUCAAUGAACAUCCCAGCUCUAGUUGGGAAGGGCUGCCUCAUUCUGAGCGAUGAGUUGAACCACACAUCUCUUAUCCUGGGUGCUCGUUUGUCGGGAGCUAUCAUCCGAGUAUUUAAACACAACAAUCUGCAAAGCCUCGAGAAGCUUCUGCGGGACGCUGUGGUCAAUGGGCAGCCUCGAACCCACAGACCUUGGAAGAAAAUCCUCAUUGUGGUGGAGGGAAUUUACAGCAUGGAAGGCUCCAUGGUCCGCCUGGCAGAGAUCGUAGCUUUGAAGAAGAAGUAUAAAGCCUAUCUGUACCUGGAUGAAGCACACAGUAUAGGAGCAGUGGGGGCAACAGGCCGAGGGGUGGUCGAAUACUUUGAAGUUGACCCCACAGACAUUGAUGUGUUGAUGGGCACCUUUACCAAAAGCUUUGGGGCAACUGGAGGGUAUAUUGCCGGCAAGAAGGAGCUUGUGGAUUAUUUACGAGCAUAUUCUCACAGUGCUGUCUACGCUACCUCAAUGCCUCCCCCAAUUGUGGAACAGAUUAUCAGAUCACUAAAGUGUAUCAUGGGACUUGAUGGAACAACAAUAGGUAUUGAGCGAGUGCAUCAGCUGAGAGAGAAUGCCCGCUACUUCCGACGGCGCUUGCGUGAGAUGGGCUUCAUCACUUAUGGGAAUGAUGAUUCUCCCGUGGUACCAUUGCUGUUGUACAUGCCUGGCAAAGUAGGUGCAUUUGCCAGGAGAAUGCUGAAGAAGAAUAUUGGGGUAGUAGUAGUGGGAUUUCCAGCCACUCCCAUUGUGGAAUCUCGGGCUCGCUUCUGCCUGUCUGCAGCCCAUACACGCCAGAUGCUGGACACGGUGCUGAAUGUCCUGGAUGAAAUGGGUGACUACCUACGAUUCAAGUACUCCAGGCGGUCUCCCUCUGUUCGUCCUGAGCUCUACAAUGAGUCAGACUUUGAAUUGGAAGACUGAACUACCUCUGCAAUGUGGAGCAUAUGCAUUGUACCACAUGCGCCUCUCCGCCGCUCCCCAGUCACAGAAACAGCAUGCAUGUGCAUGCACCUCUUCGUCUUUAAUGUACGUGAAUCGGGGGGUGGGCAGGGGAAUAAGGGGAGCAGGAGGAGGCUGCAGCAAGACAAUGAACCUAUCCAAGCAUGCAGAGAGAGAGAGGCUUCGAGCAAUCUAGGGCAGAGUUAUUCGCCAGUAACAUACCACUGAUGGCCUUGGACAGAUGCUCCUCUAUAACGUGCCCAGCACUGUGACAGAAGCAAGAAGCUGAGAGACCAGUGAGAGAGAAAAAAAAUCAAAGAGCUUGGUUCACAAGUCCUGCAGCUGUCCUUUCUACAGAUGUUUGUUCACUUGUGCAGUUUGUCAAUUUUGGAGUAUUUUUAAAAGAAAGGAAAAAAAUUAUUUAAAAAACAUUGUUGCUGUUACUCCAGGCGAGAAUUUAAAUUUUAAAAAAAAUCUUUCUAUGCAACUAUUGUAAUAAAUAUUCAUUCAGGAAUUAGCCAAAAGUUAAACUCAGGCAUUUUUGGGUGGGUCUUUGUUAGAAUUUAAUUCACCUGCAAUUGGAUUUUCAAGCCGAUAUUAUUCAUAACUCUGGAUGUUUUGAUGGGGAACUGACACCAAAGAUUUGUCUAAUCAUAUGGAGUUUUGUUGAAAGGUUAUGGAAAAUAAUAUACCUGUAAAUACAGAAAUUAUAAUUUUUGUAAACCUUUAUCUAAAGUCCUGUUGAGAUUAAUUUAAAAUAUUAUUCUGGGGGAAUGCAAGGCAUAUACUGAAUGCUCAAAAAGAGUGGUUUGGUUUGUUUUUAAAAUGUGAAAUUCUUCCUGCGCGAGUGUAAUAUUUGGGGGAUAAAAGCUUUUUUAAGGGGAGCAAAAUAUGGUUAAUUGCUUCAGAUUUCUAUCCAUGUUUGAUAUUUAUAAAGUUAAUUUGAGUUAUCUUCUUUGCCUCGUUUUAAAAUAAUCUGGGCUUUACAUGCUGCUUGCCCACCCUGUCCUGUUUUCCUUCAGCUCAUGGGAGAGAGGGAAGAGUGUCUCAGUUGUAAGGCAUAAGUCAUGGGCUCCAAUGCUGCUCCUGCCCAGGGCCCCUGAUCCAGGCAUAGAUCUCCCCUUGCCUUCCUGGACCCUGGAGUUCCUUAGCCCAAGCCACAGUUGCCUGCUUGACCACCAUUGUGCUGUGAUUCUCCUUGGGGUGAUGAUCGCAAGGCCUUUCUCCCACCUGGAGCUUCCAGUCCAGCGUUGAUUUCAACCCCCCCCCCCCCCCCCCCCCCCCCCCGAGUGAAUGUCUGUGACAAACAGACUGCUCAACCCUACUAUUGCCCCACAUCACUCAAAGUCCAUGCUUCUCAAUCUGAUUUAGCAUAUAGAUAGUCACCAGCUAGGUCCCUUCACAUCCUGGAGUUGCCAAUUCAUCCAGCAGUGAAGCAGCUCCAUGAUGAAGGGCAGAUUCUGUCUUUUAACAAAAACACACAGUCCAUUAUCACUGCAGUUUUUCGCAGGUUAUUCUUUAAGAAUAUAGACCUUUGCUUAAACACUUAAAAAGAAAGGUUAAGCGACAUUGUUUUGAUUCAUACAUCCAGCAUGUAGCUCAAACUAUAACAUGCACACUUCUGCGAUUGUUACUUCUUUGUCCCUUUAGAAGAAAUGGAACAAUUUGCAGAAUUCAAUGUCUUCCAGAUUAUUAAACAGAUGAUAUAAUAAAAGCUCAGUUAUUCUAAACCAGUGGCUCUCAUUAAUGCUUAAAUUCCAUAACUUUAACAGGAUAUGUUAUCACAAUGGAUUCAAAUUUUAAUUGUCUUUUAUCCCUAGUAUCACUAUUGCUGUAAUUUCACAGAAUGUUGUUGACUGCAACUCUGACUUCGGAACGGCAUCCCUUUAGGAAGUCAGCUUGAAAACAGAGUAGGCCGUUACUGAAAUUGUAGAUUCACAAAUUAUUUCCAUUCCUUUUAAGUCCUUUGAGGAAUCAGUUUUAACACCCCUCAGCUUGCUGGCAAAUGGCUUCAUUAGCAGCACUGAGCAGAACAGUCUGGCAUAUGGUACAGAGAAUGUAUUGGUUCCUCCUGCACUGUACUGCAGUUUUGUUUGCGCUGAACUCCAGUGUCACCAGUGGGAUACAACUCAAUCUGUCACUGUACUUUCUUGACUAAAUGGAAUAACAUGUUCUCUGGUUUGGAGGCUGAAAUGGUGCCAAUUUUUACUGAUCUGUACUUGCAGAUGGAAGCUAUGUCAAAUGAUUGGUUUUGAAGAACUUCUCCAUCACAGACCAGUGAGUACAGCUGUCCUGAAGCUCUUUCUAAGUUGUAACUCUAGUCUCCCUGCAACAUCAGCUGCAGUUCAGUUUGGUAGCACCACCAUCUUGGGAUCAGGAGGCGACAGGUUCAAAUCCCACUCCAGAGAUGAGCAUGAAAAUCUCAGCUACGCCCCCAGUGCAGCAUUAUCCAAUUCCCGUUGUUUUGAAGAAGCAGAUGGAACCUAUCCACAGAUGCCCUGGCCAAAAUUGAUCCCUCAAUCAAUAUUGCAGAAAGUUAUUUGUUUUCAUUUUGCCGAAGCUUGCUGUUUACAAAUUGGCUGCCACUUUUUGUGUGCUACACUUCGAACGUGCAUCACUGCCUGUAGAGUGCUUUGGGAUGACUUGAGGUCAGAACAGGCGCUUCAGAAAUGCACUUCCAUCUUACUGUCAGACCCGGUGGGACAGCAGCCAGCAUAGUGUGGCUGUGGCUACUUGCAGACUGUUUGUGUGAAUCAAUUGGCUGCCUCAUGAGGCUCUUAAACAAUGUCAUAACAUGAAAGUACCUGGCACACAGACAUGUGAAUGAUCUCUUUGAGGAGGCGUGCGCACUUGUCAGGCUUAAUACCAAGCUCAUUGGCAGGGGCAGGUGUAAAAUAAAUUCUCCUUGGCCACCAAUCUAAAAUGUCUUGGCACUCCCUAGCCAAGGCAAGCUCAAGUCUGGUAAAGGGUUGAGCAGCCACAGUCAGAAAGAGACAGUAUUUCGAAGAAAAAUGCCUGAAGCCUUAUUUAGGACACUUCCAAGACCUACAGUUGCUUCCUGCCAAUAUAAAAACAAUCUGAUCCUUAAUUUAGUUCACAAUCAAUUAAUUCACAAUCUGGAGACUGUGAAAGAACAAGUGUUUAGAUGGGUUUUUUUAAUCCCUCAGUAUUUUGAGGCUGUUGCAAUGUUGCAGGCAAGCACUUUGCCUUGUAGCUGAUAGUCUGAAUUUAGCGUGUCCCAGGAGGAAAUGUGCUCCUUUUCCGGCCCCCAACAUCCUUGUUAGUCAUCUUGACAGGCCACAAAUUUCUAACAUGCAUUUAAUUCAAUGCAUGCUUGCGUGCACGGUGGGGUGUCUGUGGUGACACCUUUUCACAGCCGCCUUACCAUCCGUGUACACAUCUUUUCGCACUGAAUUUGCUAAAGUAAUCUAAAGUCUUUCAGUUUCAACAUUUGUGCCAUUUUUAGGAUAACGCCCAUCGAGCAUAAAAUAAAAAGUUGCAGUUUUACCUGUGGGAGUUGGUUGUAACCUGUAAAACUGCCUCCAUUAAUUUGUCUCUGACUUAUUGCGUUGGAUUGAAGUUUAACAGCCUCCUAUUCUGGAGGAACAAGGUCAGAAUUCCUAAUAAGUAUUUGGGUUUGAUGAUGAUUACCACAUUUUUCUAGCUGUUGAAAGCUGUAAAAGCAGGCAAUAGUGGGCCUGAAGAAGGAUGGAUUCACAGAUUUACUGGGGUUAUUGUCCUCGGUGGAAAACCGUUUGCCAAAUCUAUCCUCAUCAUGGUUACCUAACGAUGAAACAAUGUAAAUCCAGUUUCUUAAAAAUGUGCAAUUUCCUCCCUUGAGCCUGAGCAGAUUGACAAUUCAAACUAAGAGAGGGACUUUGUGAAAAAGCAUUUAUUUUUUAGAAAGCCAGGCAAAUGUUGAGGUUACUUCAAUUGCAGUUUUUAAAUGGAUUGCACCCAUCAUCUAUCUGGACUUACACAUAUGCUCACUGGUUCGAAAGUCUGUUCCCAGAAUUGGGAAUUGUCUUGUUAUCCUUCUGGUCAAUGUAGCUAUCGGUGGUUGUAAUCAUUCUCGGGAUGUUGUGUUUCUAUACUUUUAAUCAUAUCUAAUUUUACUGCAUUUACUAAGAGUCAAUGUAUCUGUCCAACUCUGGUAGUUAGAUGGAUGAGGCACAUAUUGAGUUAAUUUUGUUCUGCAACACUUUCAUCCAGGUUAGGGGAAGCAGGCAAAGGAAAUCAGAUGUUCCUUGGGCUCACUUAGGAAUGAUUCUGCUAAUACAGCAAUAAACCCCUGUUGAAAAUGCACAACACUUAAAUUUACAUGUAAUUUUAACCCACAAUCUCUGACCAGGUUUGAAUUAAUCCUGUCAUCAAUAGCACAGUCACCAUGAAUAAGCAAACAUUUUUUUGUUUUAAUAUUCAUUAGACAUUUAAGAUAAACUGAAUGUCUACCCUUAGCCUGAAUUUUUCCAUGCCGUUCUGAAGGGGUUACAAUGUCAUUAAGACUGUGGUGAAAAAAAUUAAUUUUAAUCUUGUUACGUUUGUUAAAAGAUGUUUAAUAGAAUUAUUUUGUGAACCCAUUCUAAGGGCUUGAUAAAUUCUAGAAUCAGUGAUAGGCCAUAUCAGCCUAUCAAGUCUGUUUCACCGUUCAGAUUUGAUAAUCCUCAACUCCACUUGCUGCUUUUACCCCUUUAACCCUUGAUUCUCUUCUGUCUUUCUCAGCUAUGAAUUAUAUUUAAUGACCCAGUCUCUAUAAGCCUUUUGUAGUAAAGGAUUCCAGAGCUCACUACUUUCAGAGAAGAAAAUUCCUCAUCUCUUACUCUGAGGAUUUACCUUCUGGUUCUAGACUCUCCUACAAGGGAACUCUGUAUCUAACCUGCCAAGCCCUCCAACAACCUUACAUGUUUCAAAAGGAUUCAUUCUUCUAAACUCCAGUGAUUAUACGUUAAGUCAGUCCAUGCAAAUCUCAUUGUUUACUACUUAAAGUUGCAGUUGUGGAGGGAGAAUGAAUCCUAGAUAGUUCUGUCAAGACAUUCAAUUGAUUCAGGUACCCAAAGCAAAAAUGAAUAUGGUAGAAAAAUUAUUUAACUUGCAAUUUCAUUAUUAAAUAUGGCAGUUUAUGAACUAUAAGGAAGCAAGUUGCAAGCGUGUGUCUUUAAGCUCUAACUACAUGCACUGAGCCACGGGAAAUAACAUGGCCAGCAUGUACAAUCUCAAAAGAAGGCCCAUGCCUCUCUCCAGAUAAUUGACCACUGGUUAUGGCAGGGUCUGAGAGUGGAGUUGUGUACACAAAGUGAUUGGCAAGGAUAAAUUUGCAAGUUUAAUCUAUGUGCGAUCUCCAUUUGCUUUAAAGUAUUGAGUGUGAAAGGUUUGCAUAUAUUUGUAUACUGAUUCUUUUUUAAUACGUAAUGGACCAGAAAUAAAUUACAACUCCUUUUGUCACAUCAUUUUGUUUUGUAUGUCUGAUGAAGAUGCAUGACUGGCCUGAGCAAAUAAAGCCUUUUGCGUUCCCUUAA